UUCUUCGAGCAAUUCUUUCUGUCGACCAAAAACCCUAAUUCAAAAGCCGUGGACAACACUCUUAUCCCACUCGCCCCUUUCUCCACAUCCUAUACCGAACUGAACUUAACUUUGCAUCAGUUCUGUGAUUUUAUCACACUUUCAUCCUCGACUUUUCUUCGCCUCGAUCCUGUCGAUAUGGCUUGCCGGAGGGAGACCAUGAAUAGAUACCAAUCCUCUUUCGGGCCCCCGCCCCCGCCCUCGCCAGGACCUUGGACUCCUACCAGCAUAUCCAGUUUUGACAGUCGAAGGGACUCGGUGGCCUCCUCGCAAGCAUCUAUGUCCUCGUUAGGAAGCUGCAUGUCCGACUACUCCGGGCCGUUGACGCCAAUCAGCGACGAACGAGGCUCAUUCUUCCAUCAAGAGCAUCGGUUCGAGCAGGUAUUACACGUUCAACCUGUGACGCCUAAAAUCACUACUUCCUGGGAUGCGAUUCAUCUUACAAAUCCAAGCGCCUUCACACCUACACCACUCGUGCAGUACCAGUUCGACACACAUGAAGACGUAUAUCCGCUUACCGAUAUGGAUGCCAAUAUAAUUUCAUUGGAUAACCCUCUCUGGGGUUCUGCAGACCUGACUCCCAGCUGGAAUGAAAAUCCCCAGACGAUAUGGGACCCCAACAUGCCCCCUGCAAUUAACUUGGAUGAUCGCUGCAUGUCAGAUGAGGCACUCCACGGCUUCACAGAUACAAACGUAUCAUCCACACCACUCGUCACGCAGGCGUUUUGCGACAACUCAGGAUUCCCUCCAUCCCCACAGGAGGUCAUGAGAAAGGGAGAACAGCCGCUGGAAUUCAAACGAGAGUCGGACCCCGAAGAAGAAGGCGAACCUUACUAUGUAGGACCCACUGGAGGCAAGACGCCCAAGAAGGGACGAACGAUUCCAGAUACUGCGAAGAAGCAGCCCAAGACCAGAGUCCGCAGGCGUGCCGAUGCACGCCGCUCCGUCCCCGCAAUCAUUCCGAAGUCAAUCUACUCAUGCACUUGGCAGGGAGGGUGUGGUAAAAGCUACCAGCGUCGAGAACACCGAAAGCGUCAUGUAGAAACUGUACACUUGAAAAAGGACAUGUUUCGAUGCGUCAUCGAUAAAUGCAAAGACAAAGGACCAUUUCGAAUGGACAACUAUAAAGCGCACUGGCUGACACAUGUCACCCCAGGUAACUGCGCACGCAACACGCAGCUUUCCCGGGAUGCUGUCGUUCAAAUAUUGCGGGGGAACAGCGAGGUCAGCAAGCAUGCUGAUAAGAUCAUCGCUUCCAUUGACAAGAAAUUGGGUGAGGAAGCAACUGGGCGGACCACUCGAGCAAUCAGAUGA